ACAACUACAGUAAGUAAGUUGUAGCUGCUGUUCUGGUAGCUUAACCUUUAUCAGAACGUAGAGCAUGUAUCUUAUGGCCUGACUUCUCAUUAGAGGUUUUUUAUCACUGAGCUGCAUAGAAAACAGAAGAGUACCGGGCGCAUGAACUUUACACUGCGUGUCCUAAACCGCUUCCGGUUUCUAUGCCGUUCAUCUCCCAUAAACUGCAAGAGGUUUUGUACUUCACAGCCUAUAAUGGAAUUGAGGCACACUCACGCCAAAAGGAUUGAGGGACUGGACAAGAAUGUUUGGGUGGCGUUUACAUCCGUAGCAGCCGACCCAUCCAUUGUCAACCUUGGCCAAGGCUAUCCAGACAUUCCUCCACCUUCUUAUGUCAAGGAGGCUUUGGCGAAGGCUGCGUCAGUGGACCGCUUGAACCAGUACACCAGAGGCUUUGGUCAUCCAUCCUUGGUGAAGGCCCUAUCUCAGGUGUAUGGGAAGGUCUACGGACGCCAGGUUGACCCUCUUAAAGAAAUCCUGGUAACAGUCGGUGGUUAUGGUUCCUUAUUUAGCGCCAUGCAGGGCCUGGUUGAUGAAGGAGAUGAGGUGAUCAUAGUUGAACCUUUCUUUGAUUGCUACGUACCGAUGGUCAGAAUGGCAGGAGCCACGCCUGUGUUGAUCCCAUUACGGCCUCAGUCUGUAAAGAAGACAUUCUCAAGUGCCGACUGGUAUCUUGACCCAGAUGAGCUUUCUGCGAAGUUCAGCUCCAAGACGAAGGCCAUCAUCAUUAAUACUCCCAACAAUCCAUUAGGGAAGGUUUUCACCAGAGACGAGCUGCAGAUGAUCGCAGACCUCUGUGUUAAACAUGACACGCUGUGCUUCAGUGAUGAGGUUUAUGAGUGGCUAGUCUAUAAGGGACACCAGCAUGUCAAAAUUGCUACUUUGCCUGGAAUGUGGGACAGAACGAUAACCAUCGGCAGUGCAGGGAAAACCUUUAGCGUUACUGGUUGGAAGCUUGGUUGGUCUAUAGGACCUGAACACUUGAUAAAACAUCUUCAGACCGUCAUGCAGAAUACUCUGUACACCUGCGCAACACCUCUACAGGAGGCAGUGGCUCAGGGUUUGCUGCUGAACUAUAAGUUAAUGGGUCAGCCCAACUGUUACUUCUCUUCACUGGCUGAAGAACUGGAAGGAAAGAGGGACCACCUGGCCACCAUUCUGCAGGAGGCUGGGAUGACUCCAGUUAUCCCAGAGGGUGGCUACUUCAUGCUCGUGGAUGUAACACCUCUAAAGCAGGACCUGUCACAUAUGGGCGGAGAUGAAGCCUAUGACUACAAGUUUGUUAAGUGGAUGAUUAAAGAAAAGAAAUUAGCUGCUAUUCCCGUCACAGCGUUCGUUGGAGAAGAGUCCAAGGAGCAGUUUGAGAAAUAUAUUCGCCUGUGCUUCAUAAAGGAAGAUAGCACUCUGGAAGCAGCAGGGAAAAUCUUAAAAAACUGGAGGAAAGUUUAACAGGACACGGAGUGUGAACAGCUGAACUCUGAAGGAACCCAGAUGGACUGCUUUUUAACUGGAAAUGGGAAAAUUGUUGAUAGACGGGUUUAUUCUGAAUGGAAAAAACCUUUAGUCCGAUUUCGCUUCCGGAUGAUUUUGUCUUUUGCUUUUUUUAAGCGUGCCUCAUGGGGAGCAAGAAAAUAAAUAAAAAAACACUUAUUUUCUGAAA